AUGGCUCCUCCGGUCUAUAAUGAUAACACUGAAGACAAUUAUCGAACUGAUUUAGAUGACUGGACUGUCAUUUGUCAAUUCUGUCUCAAACCCGUCUCGGCAACCAGGCCUCCUUUUUACAAUGAGGUUAACUGUAGUUGCUCAGGGCUUGGCACUCAUUCUGCUGGCAUAAUCUCGGUCACUCAGCAUGAUACCCAAUUGUGGGAGCCAAAUAUUACUGGUUAUGAAGAACCUGCCUAUACAUAUCAACGACCUGUCCAGGGAUAUGCUUCCUCAUACAACCAGACUUCAACUCCGCAUGAAGAACUUCUUGUUUAUGAGAACAGCAAAAAGUUCAGGGACUUCGAAACCAACUGGAACGAUGAUGAUCUCAAAAAUGGUACCAAAAAUACUCAAGACCAGCCAUACUCUGUCGGAGGCCAUUCAUGGGCUCUCCGUUCCUGGCUGAAGGAAAACGAGUCUUCAUACACUCUCGCAUCCAAAUCUUCAUCAAUGAAGGCAAAGAAGGGAAGCAAGCGAGGUGACUCCAGUAUUCAUAACUCUGGUAGUAGUUUGGAACUCGGACAACACGGAUGGGGACCUGAUCCUCUCAUAGAGACUGGUGCUUGGACGAGUGAUCAGUACCAAGAUACAAUUGAGAACACAUUGGCCAUGAGUGGCAUGAACGAUUCUUAG